AUGCCUACUCAUUUUCAGGUGUGCCAAGCCAUAGCCAAGCUUGGAAAUGUUGCUGUUCUCAAAUGGGCCCAUGGCAAAGGCUUUCCAUGGGAUUUUUGGACAUGUGCUCGUGCUGCUGAAAAUGGGCAUCUGGAAGUCUUGAAAUGGGCCCACGGAAAUGGUUGCCCUUGGGGUGAAUUCACUUGUGCAGUUGCUGCCAGAGGUGGGCAUUUGGAGUUGUUGAAAUGGGCCCAUGAAAAUGGCUGCCCUUGGAAUGAAUACACUUGUGCUUAUGCUGCUGAACAUGGCCAUUUGGAAUUGCUUAAAUGGGCGCAUGCAAAUGGCUGCCCAUGGAGUCAGCUCACUUGUGCUGCUGCCAAAGGUGGACAGUUGGAAAUAUUGAAAUGGGCUCGUGAACAUGGCUGUCCAUGGCAUGAAAAGGUUUGUCAAGAUGCUGCUGAAAAUGGGCAUUUGGAAACACUGAAAUGGGCCCGUGCAAAUGGCUGCCCAUGGAAUGCAAGGACUUGUGAAAGGGCUGCUUCAGGAGGGCAUCUGGAAGUACUGAAAUGGGCCCAUGAAAAUGGCUGCCCCUGGAAUGAGGGUACUUGUUCACAGGCAGCCAUAGGUGGGCAUUUGGAGCUGUUGAAAUGGGCCCGUGAAAAUGACUGCCCAUGGAAUGCAAACAAUAUUUGUGGCUUUGCUGCUCAGUGGGGGCAUUUGAAGUUGUUGAAGUGGGCACGUGCAAAUGGCUGCCCAUGGGAUGAACGAACCUGUUCAAAUGCUGCUUGGGGUGAUAAUUUGGAAUUACUGCAGUGGGCCCGUGAACAGGGCUGCCCAUGGAAUGCUGACACUACCAGACAAGCUAGACUUUUUCGUCAUGACCACAUUUUGGAUUGGGCCCUUGCAAAUGGAUGCCCUGAGGUUUAAUGAGGUGGAGCAGAGGAUCAGGUUGUAAAAAGUUGAAACUGGAGGCAACAUACGUUCCAAUUGUAGGGAUCUGCUUCUUCUCUUUCACUUCAAGUUGGGAUUUUGGUUGCUUGUGGGUUUGGGUUCAGUAGAAUAUAUGGGGCUUUGCAAUGGGUUGGAACGUGCCGUGCCUACGAGGCAAUUGGCAGCCAUAGGGACAGGCUUGACCUGGGUCGUCCGCUGCAGUGGCUGCGAACGACCUGCAGGGUUUCCGUGCAGAAACCCCACGAAAUAAAUAAGUCAAAAUGUAGUGAAAGUCAUAAUUCGAACCCU